GACUGGGCUGUACACAGCGGGACGGGGCGAGUGGCUGCCGCUGCUGAGCGGGCGGGCGGGCGGCAGUUUCACUGCUUAGGGACAGCUGGCGGCGGCGAUCGGUGGUGUGAUGCUGCAAUGUGACGCCUGCGGGCAGGCGCUGUCCUCAGAGCCGGCGGCGCGACGGAACGUGCGGCGCGCCCCCCUGGGCCGUCAGCACCGCUGCCCGCUCUGCAGCGCUGUCUCAUCGGGCUGUGACGAGCUCCACCGGCACAUCGAGACAGCCCACCCGGGGCCGCCGGACGGUACCGGGUCAGAUCUCGCCGAGGGGCUGUCCGAGUGCCCCUUCUGUGGGGAGGCGGCGGGGCGGCAGUUGGAAGCGCACGUCAGGGCGCGGCACGGGCACCUGCUGGGAGCCUCGGGCACAGACACAGGAAAUGGUGGCCAGCUGUAUGAAUGUCCAAUGUGCAGCCUUACCUGUACAAACAUUCAGAUCCUUGAAGAACACGUGGAAUUACAUUUAGAGGAACAUAACAUUUCAGAAGGUGGGAACAUGAAAGAUCUAGAACUGGCUCAACGGCUCCAGAGUGAAGAAGAUAAGUGGCAGAGGUCAGAAGAGGAGAAGCGAGAAAAGGAAGAAUUUAAAAAGCUGCAGAGACAGUAUGGCUUGGAUAAUUCUGGAGGCUACAAGCAGCAAUUCCUGAAGAAUAUGGAAAGAGAAGUUAAUAGAGGAAGGAUGCAGCCUUUUGAAUAUCACAAGAGAAAAGCUGACAUGAUGGAAUGUUUGGCUUUUGGUGUAGAUGAUGGGAAAACAAAGACCUCAGGAAUCAUUGAAGCACUGUGCAAGUACUAUAAGAAUGAAAAUAAAGAUGUGAGGCACGUGUGGCUGUCAGCAGGAGUAGAUCAUUUCCACUCAUCUUUGGGUGACAGAGGCUGGGGUUGUGGUUACAGGAAUUUCCAAAUGCUCCUUUCCUCACUCUUGCAAAACAGCCUGUAUAAUGACUGCUUGAGAGAUGCUGCACUAAUUCCUAGUAUACCAAAGAUUCAGUCCAUGAUUGAAGAUGCCUGGAGAGAAGGCUUUGAUCCUCAUGGGGCAUCUCACUUCAACAACAGUUUACGUGGUUCCAAAGCAUGGAUAGGAGCUUGUGAAAUUUAUUCACUGUUAACCAGUCUCAGGAUAAAGUGUCAAAUCAUUGACUUCCACAAACCGACAGGCCCUGGAGGCACACACCCUCGGUUAUUUGAGUGGGUUUUGCGCUAUUAUUCUGCAGACAGUGAAGGUGGUGCAAAGGUAGUGUGUACCUCCAAACCACCUAUCUACCUACAGCAUCAAGGUCAUAGUCGUACUGUUAUUGGAAUAGAAGAGAAGAAGAAUAAAACCUUAUGCUUGCUGCUGUUUGACCCAGGAUGUUCUUCCCAAGAAAUGCAGAAACUGCUAAAACAAAACAGUGAUGCUACAAGUCUUAAAGCACUCCGGAAAUUUGUGGGUAGCUUAAAAGAAAAGCAAUACCAGAUCGUGGCUGUAGAUGGUGUACUCUCACUGGAAGAGAAAGCUGCUCGUUGCUGUGCUUCUCAAGUCUUGACAUCAGAGAGGAUUCCUUAAGUGAUGCCUCUACUCCCUCUUUCUGGAAUUUGCUGGGUGCAAAACAUUAAACUUCUGGACUGUGACCCUAACUGAACAAUAUCUAGAUUUAAACUAUAUGUGCAUAAAUGCCUUGGGCUCUGGAGAAGCGCAACACCUGGAGUUUUAUCUUCAAUAAAUCUCUGCCCUCCCCUCUAACUGAAGUAUUACACUCCUUGGUGUUUUCUUAGUUGCCUUAAUUACCAAACAACAGUUUAGCUUCCCAUAGCUAACGAUGCACUAUAGUUAACUGUCAGUACAAAGUGGAUAGAGAUACUGUGGAAUUACUUUAUUGGAGAGCCUGGUCAUGAUUCACCUCUGUUAUGUUGCCUCUCUGACCAAUGCUCUCUACUUCUUAUCAGAAUUGAUCACUACAUUAUUACAUCUCUGCAAAUUCUCCUGCAACUGUUUGCAAAGGAGAGAGAGUUCAGUGAUUUCAGGACACAGUCUGUUCCACUAGAUAUUAGUUUAUUACUGAGCUCCAUUUCAGUUACCUGGCGUCUCUGGGUGCCUGACUUGGGUCAGUGUUAGCAUUAGCUGUGAGGUCUAAGAUGGUGGUGGCCAAUGUGGGGUGCACUUCUUUUAGGGGAUUUACAAGACAAUCCAUUGGAAUAUAAGAACAAAAUAUUUCUUUUUUUACCAUGAAUAAAUACAAUAAAAAUGGUUUUUUUUUAAA